UCGCCGGCCGGGUGUGGCUCCCCUCGAGAGGCCGGCGGCCGAGCUCCACAGAGCGCCACAGCACACGCAGCCCUGGACACACGGUCCGACGGAACAGAGGCCCCGCACAGCCCCAGGUCUGACAUUCCUGGGAAGAUGCAGACACUCAUGAUGUUGGUCGCCACCUUAGGCAUCAGCGUGUGUCUGGUGGCCACAGCAAGUUCUCACACUGUCCAGUUAGACAGCCCUGGCAGGCUGCCUGCCCACCAGCGCCAGAAGAGAGACUGGAUUUGGAACCAGAUGCACAUCGAUGAAGAGAAAAAUGCCUCACUCCCCCAUUAUGUGGGCAAGAUCAAGUCGAGUGCGAAUCGCAAGAAUGCCAAGUACCUGCUCGAAGGACAGUCCGCCGGCAAGGUCUUCCAAGUUAAUGCGGACACGGGGGAUGUGUAUGCCUUUGAGAGGCUGGACCGGGAGAAGGUCUCCGAAUAUCACCUCACUGCCCGCAUCGUGGACAAGGACACCAGCAAGAACCUGGAGUCUCCCUCCAGCUUCACCAUCAAAGUUCACGACGUGAACGACAACUGGCCUGUGUUCACACACCGGCUGUUUAACGCAUCCGUGCCCGAGAUGUCAACCACGGGGACCUCGGUCAUCCGUGUGACGGCAGUGGACGCAGAUGACCCCACGGUGGCAGACCACGCCUCUGUCAUGUACCAUAUCCUGAAGGGGGACGACUUUGCCAUUGAUAGUUCUGGACGCAUUUUCACAACAACCAACAACUUGGACCGAGAGAAGCAGGCCAGGUACGAGGUCGUGGUGGAGGCACGAGAUGCCCAGGGCCUCCGGGGGGAUUCAAGCACAGCCACCGUGCUGAUCACUCUGCAGGACGUCAACGACAACUUCCCAGUCUUCACCCAGACCAAGUACAUAUUCACGGUGCCUGAGGACAUCCGCGUGGGCAGGCCCGUGGGCUCCCUGUUUGUGGAAGACCCAGACGAGCCCCAGAACAGGAUGACCAAGUACAGCAUCGUGCAGGGCGAGUACAGGGACACCUUCACCAUCGAGACGGACUCCAUGCGCAACGAGGGCAUCAUCAAGCCCAUAAAGCCCCUGGACUAUGAACGCGUCCGACAGUACAGCUUCACCAUCGAGGCCACGGACCCCACCAUCAACCUCCGCUACCUGGGUGGCCCCCCGCCAAAAAACACUGCCCGCGUCAUCAUCAACAUCACAGAUGUGGACGAGCCUCCCAAUUUCCAGGAGCCCUUCUACCAUUUCAAGCUGCAGGAGAACCUAAAGAAGCCCCUGAUCGGCUCGGUGCUGGCCAUAGACCCUGACGCGGCCCGGCGCAGCAUUGGGUACUCCAUCCGCAAGACCAGUGACAAGGGCCAGUUCUUCGGGAUAACCAAACAGGGGGACAUUUACAAUGAGAAAGAACUCGACAGAGAGAUCUACCCCUGGUGUAACCUGACCGUGGAGGCCAAAGAACUGGAUUCUAGCGGGAACCCCACUGGCAAGGAAUCCAUUGUGCAGGUUCACAUCGAAGUCCUGGACGAAAACGACAACGCUCCAGAGUUUGCCCAGCCCUAUGAGCCCAAAGUGUGUGAGAACACCGCCCCCGGCAAGCUGGUUGUGCGGAUCUCGGCAACAGACAAGGACAUAACGCCGCGCGACAUGAAGUUCCGAUUCUCGCUGAGCACUGACGACAGCAACUUCACCCUCACGGAUAAUCACGACAACACAGCCAACAUCACUGUCAAGUACGGGCAGUUCGACCGGGAGCGAGCCAAGGUCCACUUCCUGCCCGUGCUCAUCUCGGACAACGGGAGGCCCAGCCUCACGGGCACCAGCACCCUGGCCGUGGCCGUGUGCAAGUGUGACGAGCGCGGCGAGUUCACCUUCUGCGAAGAGGUGGGCGCCCACGUGGGCGUCAGCAUCCAGGCGCUGGUAGCCAUCUUCCUCUGCAUCCUCACCAUCGCUGCAGUGAUCACCCUCCUCAUCUUCCUGCGGCGGCGGCUCCGGAGGCAGGCCCGCGCCCACGGCAAGAGCGUGCCCGAGAUCCACGAGCAGCUGGUCACCUACGACGAGGAGGGCGGCGGCGAGAUGGACACCACCAGCUACGACGUGUCGGUGCUCAACUCAGCGCGCCGCAGCGAGGCCAAGCCCCCGCGGGUGGCGCUGGACGCCCGGCCGGCGCUCUACGCGCAGGUGCAGAAGCCGCCGCGCCUGGGCCCGGGCGCGCAUGGGCGCCUGGGGGAGAUGGCCGCCAUGAUCGAGGUGAAGAAGGAGGAGGCGGACCAGGACGGCGGCGGGCCGCCCUACGACACGCUGCACAUCUACGGCUACGAGGGCUCCGAGUCCAUCGCCGAGUCCCUCAGCUCCCUGGGCACCGACUCGUCCGACUCGGACGUCGAUUACGACUUCCUCAACGACUGGGGGCCCCGGUUCAAGAUGCUGGCCCAGCUGUACGGCUCGGAGUCCCUGGAGGAGCUGGUGUACUAGGGCCGCCGCCGCCCUCGGGGCCUGGGGACCCAAACCGCGGCCUCCCGGGCCACCAGAAGCCAGGCACGGAGCCCUCCGAGGUGUGGCCCCGAGGCCCCAGCCCAGCACCCCUUCCGCUUGUGGAUCCCAGGAACCUCUCCAUCCCCAAGGGAGCAAAAUCCAGGUCCCUGAAAUGUCUGCUUCAGUGAUCGCUAACCCCCACAGGCUGGAAAACCCAGGCUGGUGUUCUGACUGGGCUUGGAAAUCCCCACAAGCCUGUUACACACACGCACACCCCUCCCCCACGGGCCUACCUCGGAGGCAUCCUCUGGCUCCUCAAAGCUGCAGAGCAAAGCAGCUUGUGCUCAACAGCCAGAUUGGCUUCCCCUGAGGUCCCCAAACUCACUGGUGAGACCGCAGCCCUCCUGUGCCUGGAGGCAAAGAACUGCCCUGGACAGCGUGAGCUGGGGGCAUGGGCGGUGGCAGGACUACGCAGGGAGAUUGGGACCGUAUCCGUGCCUGCGCCCAGGAGCCCCAGCCCUUCUCCGCCUCCCUCAGACCCUCCCAAGUCCCCCGUGCCCCCCAGCCCUUCCGCAGGCCUGCCAAGAUGGAGGAGGGGCCCCUUGGCAGCUCCCGACCUCUGGCCCCGAGAUGGCCUGGCUGGGCUGCCGCUGCUGUACUGAGCGUCGCCCCGUGCAAGCAAAUUCAGGGAACUGGCUUCUUGAGUUUUGAAGCAACUGUGAAUUCGUCCUGGAGGGGACAGUGGAGACCAAGUGUGACAGAUGGCAGGGUGAGGGUCACCUCCAUGCCCAUCACCUCCGGAGAGGACCUGGAGUAGCAGUAACUGGGACCCCUAUUUGGCACUCACCGACACCCCUCCAGUUUCACCUUUGAGGUGUGGCAGAUGGUCCCAGGGCAGAAAAAUCCCCCCACCUCUGCCUCCCCCAGCCACUGGCUUCCUCUCUCUUUUCUCUCCCUCUCAAUCUCUCCCCAUCUCUCUUGCUCUCUCCACAUCUCUGUGCCUCUGUUACUCUGCCUCCUCGUGCCUCUGUUACUCUGCCUCCUCAGGUGUCUCUCCCUCUCUCUCUCUCUCUCUCUCUCUCUCUCUCUCUCUCUCUCUCUCUCUCUCUCUCUCUCUCCCCUCCUUACCCCUUGACUUGGAGGAACCUAGGCUCUCAGCAUCUCUGCUCUAUAUCCAAACCAAAUACAACUGCAGCCUGGAGCCACGGCAUCUGCCUCUACACUUCGUUACUGCCACGUCUCAGGGAACCCCAGCAGGACACCACCACUCAGGCUCCACCCGCUGUGGAAGGCGCGGCCCCUGCCCACCCAAGCCCUGCAGCCAUCUGUGCAUCUCCCACAUUCAGCCACAUUUGGAACGUUCCACUGCGAACAUGCCUUGGGCAAGUGGCAUCAAUCGAGAGAGAGUGGGCAGUGAAGGAGGUGCCUCCUCCAGCUCACUCCUCGUGGACUGGGUUCCCCACUCUGGGCGAGGCCCCAGCGGCCCACGCCGUCACACUGUAGAUAGCACUGGCAUUUUUUUUUUAACCAAUAAUUAGUGGUUUUUCAAUGUUGAUGUUUUAAAUUAAUUUUUAUGUACCAACACUGUAUACCCAUCAAGCAAUAGUUUUUCAUAAUGAUGUUUUUUACUAAUAAUACUUACAAUUUUCUAGCUCUCACAGACAUUUAGAAUAAGGAUUUUUUUUUUUUUUUGCAUAAUAAACAGGUUGCUGUUUAGGUUAACGAUUUUAAUUUAGGUUUUUUUAGUUGGAUAAACAAUUUCCUGUAACCUUCUAUUUCCUAUCAUUGUAGUAAUUGUUCUAGAAAUAAUGAUUAUAUAUUGGCCACACUGGUGCAUGGGAUGUACUGUAAUUUUUUUUAUACCUAAAUAAAGAAAAGUCUUGAAAGCC